AUGAAGCUUUCACUCUGGACGUGGCUGGCCUGCCAUGUUGCUUCCACCUUCGCUCUGUCGCCCAGGCAUCCCGCCAGGAACCUCAAAACCCGCGCAACAGCAGCCUCUAACCACACCGCUUACUACUUUGACCAAGCGAUUGAUCACUUUCCCCAGAGCUCACGCUACGCACGUCACUCCAAUGGAAAGUUCAAGCAACGCUACUUCGUGGAGACGUCCUACUACAAGGCCGGCGGGCCUGUGUUCCUCUACCUGGCCGGGGAAGGUCCCAUUGAUGGCGACACUCAUCUCGACAGAACCGAUACUACGGCACGACCUCCCAUCCAGAUCCACCCCACCGACGAGCUGUUCUUUACAACGGAACAAGUCAUUGCGGACUUCGACGUAUUUGCUCGCAAGGUGACACUUCCAGGUCUAACGGACAUCAACGCACCCUCCAUGCCUUGGAUCCUGUACGGUGGUAGUUACCCUGGUGCUCUGUCGGCCUUCACGAAGAAGACUGCUAUUCACGGUCAACUCGAGUAUCCGCAGUGGUACGAUCCCAUCAGCUCUAGCACGGAGGAUUGUGUCGCCAGCAUCAACGACAUCGUCGACAACAUGGAUUAUCUCGUCAAAUCAAACAACACAGCCGCCAUCCAGCAGCUGAAAGAGCUAUUCGGCCUCGGUGCGCUCAAAGACAUCCAAAUCAACUGGGACCCCACUCGAGGACACAUCGACUUCUUCGACUUCUGCCGCAACGUGACCGAUGGUAACGCCCCGGCCAACAACACAGAAGCCGACAGCGCUCUCGCCGCAAACACCAAAGGCCAGGUGUGGAAGAACCUGGGCAAUUACGCUGCGUACAUAAAGCGCGUCGUCCUCCCGCUGUGUCCGAGCGGAGACUAUAAUAGCGGAGAAUGUUUUGGCACACAGGACACGGCGCACUGGGCAAACACCACGAGCAACUACGUCCGAAGCUACCUGUACACGACGUGCACAGAAUUCGGCGCAUACCAAUCCGCCCAGCCAUACGGCAAGAAGUCUCUAAUCUCCCGCGUCAUCGACGCAGAGUACACCCAAGAAUGGUGUAACAAGGCCUUCCCGGCCGGCCAAUACAACUCCAUCCCGGCCACCCCCGAUCUCGAUAUCUGGAACGCAUACGGCGACUUCAACUUCACCGCAGAGAACCUCUUGUUCGUCGAUGGAACGGCAGAUCCUUGGAAAGAUCUAUGCUACCAUUCUGAUCUCGCACCGCAGCGCUACUGGAGCGAUGCGUACCCGCAGCACCUGAUCAAUGGUGCUGGACAUGUGUGGGAUCUGAGGACACUUGUGGGGAUGUGA